GUGGCACGCUGUCCGCGUGGGCAACGGUGCAGCGCGGCAAGCUCUCUCUUUCUAUAAAAAACCUUCUAAACUCUCGCCCUGCCUUUCAACUCCAAUUCCAACGGUUAUCGUUAUCAGUUCGUUUCUCCCCCUUUUCUCUCCCUCUGACACCUUCUGGGUUUUCCAUUUUCCCUCAUUUCCCGCACCCGCAUUAUCUCAUCUCCUCGGAAAAUGGACGUUCGCCGGCGACCCCUCCCCUCCUCCGGCGACCGACUCAAAACCCAGAAGCUCAAGAACACCGAAUCCCAAUCACUCUUCCCUCUCUACCUCACCAACGCCCUCUUCUUCACGCUCUUUUUCUCCGUCGCCUACUUCCUCCUCCACCGCUGGCGCGAUAAGAUCCGCACCUCCAUCCCCCUCCACGUCGUCACCCCGGCCGAGAUUGCCGCCAUCGUCUCCCUCAUCGCCUCCGCCGUCUACCUCCUUGGCUUCUUCGGCGUCGCCUCCCGCGCCUCCCUCGACGAGCUCUCCGACGAUGAAAUCAUCCUCAAAGAAGACUCCCGCGCCCCGGGCCCCUGUCCCGCGGCGCUCGUCGAGUCUUCACCGGCAAAGGCAAAACAAUUUCCUCUGCAGUCAUGUGUCGACAGUCUAAAUGUGACAGAAAAAACUAAAAUUUCUCUGUCGCAUAAGACUCUCGAUAGAGUUGCAGAGGAAAAAGAAGUUCCUCUGCGGCAUAAAACUGUCGACAGUCUGGCGACAAAGGAGUUGUCAAUUCCUUUGCCGCUAAAAACUGCUGACGUGGCAGGGCCGAUUUCGUUGUCCCAUGAGGACGAGGAAACCGUACAGGCGGUGCUGUCGGGGUCGGUUCCGUCGUACUCGCUGGAGUCGCGGCUGGGGGAUUGCCGGCGGGCGGCGGCGAUUCGGCACGAGGCGGUGCAGAGGCUGACGGGGCGGUCGCUGGAGGGUUUGCCGGUGGCGGGGUUCGACUACGAGUCGAUAUUGGGGCAGUGCUGCGAGAUGCCGAUAGGGUUUGUGCAGAUUCCGGUGGGGGUGGCGGGGCCGUUGUUGUUGGACGGGGAGGAAUACACUGUGCCUAUGGCCACCACCGAAGGGUGUCUCGUUGCGAGCACCAACAGAGGGUGCAAGGCUAUUCACGUUUCCGGUGGAGCUUCCUCUGCGUUGCUUAGGGAUGGCAUGACCAGAGCACCCGUUGUUCGGUUUCCCUCUGCUCAGCGUGCCGCGCAGUUGAAGUUCUUCUUGGAGGAUCCUCUCAACUUCGAUUCGCUCGCUGUCGUUUUCAAUAAGUCAAGCAGAUUUGCCAGGUUACAGAGUAUUCAGUGUGCUAUUGCGGGCAAGAAUUUGUACAUGAGAUUCCGUUGCAGCACUGGCGAUGCCAUGGGGAUGAACAUGGUGUCAAAAGGUGUUCAAAAUGUCCUUGAUUUUCUUCAGAGUGACUUCCCCGACAUGGAUGUUAUUGGAAUCUCUGGAAAUUUCUGUUCAGACAAGAAAGCUGCAGCUGUGAACUGGAUUGAAGGGCGUGGCAAGUCAGUGGUGUGUGAGGCUGUAAUCAAGGAAGAUGUGGUUAAGAAGGUAUUGAAGACUAGCGUGGAGGCCCUAGUCGAGCUUAACAUGCUUAAAAACCUUACAGGCUCAGCCAUCGCAGGUGCUCUUGGUGGGUUCAAUGCUCAUGCUAGCAAUAUCGUGUCUGCUAUCUAUAUUGCCACUGGUCAGGAUCCUGCUCAGAAUGUGGAGAGUUCUCACUGCAUCACCAUGAUGGAAGCUGUCAAUGAUGGCAAGGAUCUUCAUAUUUCUGUGACCAUGCCCUCAGUUGAGGUUGGUACUGUUGGAGGGGGCACACAACUCGCAUCUCAGUCUGCGUGUCUUAAUUUACUUGGUGUCAAGGGUGCCAAUAAAGAGUCUCCAGGUGCAAAUUCUAGGUUACUGGCCACCAUUAUAGCCGGUUCUGUCCUUGCCGGAGAGCUGUCACUCAUGUCUGCAAUUGCAGCUGGACAACUUGUUAAGAGUCACAUGAAAUACAACAGAUCUAGCAGGGAUAUCUCUAAAGUUGCCUCGUGAGCUGGUGCAAUUAACUUGUAUUGGAGACUAAUAAGCAAAACCAUCGAAUAACGACAAAAAUGACAAAAAAAGGUAUAUUCGAGUUUCUGAUGGAGUAUUUAAUUGAUGGUGGGAGGAGUGAAGAUAAUCAUAAUCUGAUGGUUUGGCAUCUUCCAUGAGUAAAUCCAGCUCUUGAAAAGCAUGUGGUUGGUUGGCAUUUAUUGAAUAUCUGCUCCGUGCGAGGCGUUUUCUUUUGUGUGGAUUGUUGUACAGAGGGACUUGAAUUAGAGGGUGGAAGAAGGAAAGAGCCACACUCUUGGGAUUGGAGUUUUAUUUUAAUUUUUGUUCAACAAGAAAUGCAUGUGUUGUUUAUUCUCUUGUUUAAAGCUGAUGCUUUAAUGACGUGGAAUUUUAGUUGUAGUUUUAUGUGUUGUAAUCUCCAUCUUGGUAAUUUGUAAUUCUAGCAAGAGAAGAACAGAGAUAUCUCCAAAUGUGAUGUAGAGUUGUUAAUAAAAUAGUCUCUGGUUGGUCAGCAUU